AUGGGUGAGCUUGUAAAUGCUGCAAGAACAUUAGGUGAAACAGGAAAUUUUGUAGAUGGUUUUAAAAGACUUGUUUCAAAUGUUUUAACAAACACAAAGAAAUUAUUUAGAUAUACCAUACAUAACGGACGGAUUUUCGAACAGGUAGCAACAAACCCUCCGGUUAUGGCUGCGUUGAUGAUGGUUAGAGAUAUAAAACCACGUAACGACGGGAACGAAGAACAUGAACAACAGAGCCCAACGGGCUCAGAGCCACAUAGUGGCGAGGAUACUGGUCGGGUUAUUCGAGACAUUAAAAACGUGUAUCCUGAAGUUAUUGAUUUAUUUAGAGGAGUUAAUGAUUCAAUUUCAAAACAUUCUAUAACCCUCGAUGAAGAGAAUAAAUUAACAGAUUAUAUAUUCGUCAUUAUUGCAGAAUUAAUGAAGAGAAUAAAUGAAAAAGGAAUUGGUGAUAUCAUUAAUGUCAGCGAUGUAAUGAUGAAAAGAAAUUUUGACUCAUUAUUUACAAAACCGAAAACAGAAUAUAGUCUUUAUGACGUAAUUACCGAAUUAAUGAAAAAGAUUAAUGAUAAUAAGAGUUCUGGCGGAAGAGUUGAAUUAGAAGUGAAUGAUGUUAAUGAGAAAUUAGCCGAAAAAGCAGAUAAAAACCACGUUCAUUAUAUAAGUUCAGACGAACAGAUUAUAACGGACUACCAUGGAUAUUUAACACGAAGUGAUGAAGUGAAGACGGAAGACCCCAAUGAAAGAAGAUAUAAAUACAUUCGUGCUAAAGGUUAUGACAUAAGCUGUACUGUACAGUAUGAUGUAGCUAAAGCACCAGAAGCAUUUGGUUAUACCGGUGAAAUUUAUGCCUCUACUUUCAAUGUUAAUGGUGUAUUAGUUGAACCAAGAUUUACUUUGAGAGUUAAGUCAAAAAUAACGUUUGAAGAUGCUAUUAAAAGUAAAGCUGACAAAGUUGAACUCGAAGCAAUGAACAAAGUUUUGAAAUCUCAUAAACACAACAUCUCCGAUAUAAAUGAACUUCAAGCUACAUUAGACAGUAAAGCCGACAAGAACCAUACACAUAAAUCCUUCACUACUGUUAGAGCAGACGACAUAAUAUUGAACUAUACCCUUGGUUCAAGUGCACCUUUAGAGAAUCCAAGUACAAGCGUAAAAGAUACACUAAACUCCUUAAAUAGUAAAUGUAUGAACAUUGAAGGUCAUGUCAGAAACUUUGAAACACAUGAACUACCAGCAAUGUUAGAUAAAAAAGCAGACAAGAACCAUACACAUACAAGUUUUACAACUGUUGGUAUAGAAAGUAUUGAAGGAACGGUUGAAGAAACUGGUGGGGAUGCAUUAUAUUGUAAACCUCCUAACUUUCCACAAGGUUUAACAUCGGAUGACGACAUAACGACGAUGAAAAACAUUAGAUGUAAAGAUGUUUAUGUCAUGGAUGAUGAACAUAAUAUUAAAUUCACUGCUCAAGAUUUAUAUGACAAGAAAGCAGACAAAACAGAGCUUCAAACAUUAAAGACAGAAAUGCUUCAAACAUUAUAUCCUAUAGGCUCUAUUUAUACGUCAAUGAACUCAACAAAUCCAGCAACAGUUUUAGGUUUUGGUACAUGGCAGCAGAUUGUAGACAAAUUCUUAUACUGUGCUAACUCUUCAAAGCAAACAGGAGGUUCGAAGAAAAUUACUGAAGCAAACCUUCCACCGCACACUCAUACAGGAACUACAAACACAACAGGUAGUCAUUCACAUUCAAUAACAAAAAGAGGUUAUACAAAUCUUGCAGCAGGUUCGGAUAGACAGGGAAUGCAUAGAUAUGAUAUUUCAAGUGACCCAGUAGAUUCAAGCGCAGGUAUUUUCUGUGGAACCGCAGGAAAUCAUGCCCAUACUUUCACAACAAAUCCAACAGGCUCGGGUGCAGAUUAUAUGCCACCAUUUGUGACUGUAUUCGCAUGGUAUAGAGUUCAAUGA